UUUUUACAUUUUACCGAAUAGACAAUUUAGAUAUUAAUAGCAUGCCUUUACAGCUAGUAUAGCUAAAAUCUUGUAUUUCAAGGCAAGUUCCACGUUUUGGCUCGUAGCCUAUAUUUUAAAGUUAUUUUUAACUCUCUAUGCUGUGAAUAAGUUUCAAAUAGCAAGAAGAUUGCAUGCGGCCCGUUCAUCCACUUUCGUAUCUUUCGUUAACAUUAAUUUUGUUUGCGUACUGUAAUCGAUGGAUCUUAUGAACUGUUCGGCGAAACGUUGUUCAAAAAAUUGUUGCGGUCGCGAGGCUGCGGUAGAUAGCGAUCUUGGAAGCUGCGAUCAUAUUUAUGCAAGUUUGGUGGAAUGCAAAAAAGAUAUAAAUACUGAAGGUAAUGUUGAACCAAAAACGACGACAAACAAACGCAAUGAAGAUUCCAGAAAAAAACAUACUCCUCGGUUCACGAAUUCAAACAUUCUUACAUAUCAGCCUUCGCCCGUUUUCCCUCGCAAAAUGGACAGCGAAGUCUAUGAAGAACCGAAAGAAAUAACAGAUCCAUAUAAAUCGCACGAUCUAGACUUUCAAUGUCCUAGAUGCGGACAGAGAAUGGAAGAACCUAGACUUCUUCCUUGUUUACAUCCUAUAUGUUUAUCGUGUGUUUACGAGUUAAUGAGUAAACCUUCGUAUGUUUCACUGAAGAACGAAAUACGGAAUAAUAAUCGAAAGUAUGUGCAACACAAUAUUUACGAAACAUGCCCGUUAUGCGAUUCCGAUUUGCCGAAUAUUAAUUCUACCAUACCGCCGCCGCAUUAUCCCUUGCAACAUCGUUUAGUUAUGGAUACUGUGCGGCGCAAACUGGUUAAUAGAGUACUUUGCGACACUUGCACAAGCGAAGUUCUGGCACUCAUACAGUGUUCCACAUGUUUACGUAAUUUCUGCUCGGAAUGCGGCAGACAACACGAACAACAAAAUGUGGCAGAAGCAAGAACAAUUAAACAUUUAAUGAGACCACUGUGGGAGGCUACCAAAAUACGACGGGUCAUUUUAUGUCAAACACAUCCGACGCACGCUUUAAGAUUUUAUUGUAUCGCGUGUCAACAGGUAACAUGUAAAGAAUGCAUGUGGAGUGCACAGCACAGAGGUCAUGCCAGUGAAGAUGCACUUGGGGUGGGAAAAAGGGCUAAUGCAUACUUAAUUACAAUGUUGCAAAAAGCGAGAAUAUUUCUAAAUACUUUGUUGAUUCAAUAUAAUCAGGAUGUAUUUUCAAACAAUGGUUCCGACGAACUGCAAAAUAUAGCCACGACUUACAGGUCUCUAAACAAAAGUCGAUGCUUGUUAAUGUUAAUAUAUUAUAAUAUACAAUUGUCAUGUGAUUAAUAUGGAAAUAAUGAGCAAAAAAAGAAAACAUAAUGAGGUAAUUGUCAUUUGAGGUAUAUAAAACCAUUAUACAUUCCAAAGAUUUGAUUAAUGCAAACUUGGGUAUACUUUGUUAAUAUUAUAGCAACAAAGUUAUAAUAUCGCGAUCAAUAUGUAAUUUAGUAUAUAUUUUAUCUAAGAUUAGAGAGUUAAGUAUAUUGUAUUAUUUGUAAUUAAUUAAUAAAUGUAGAUGUGCAAGAGAUCCUAUUUU